CAGGACAAAUAACGUAAGGCAGGCAAUGGCAACUGAAAAGCAAGUCUGAAGUUUCACCCUUCGCGGCAACGUUUGUAACUUUUUAUACCAUGGAAUGAGUGGGCCUUUCGUUUGCAUUGUUUAACAAACUGUUGCCGAAGAUUACUUUGAAUGUUUACUUACUUGGCCAGGGCUCCAAAUUACACGCUACUUUGUUCUUAUUUACUUAUGCCUACUGACCAGAAGUUGGAGGAAAAGUUUAUUUUGAACUUUGAACAGAAACGCGUGUGUUCCUGGAAGACAAUACAAAAAGGGAAAGGACGGAAAUCACAUUUGUGGACAUAUUUCAUUGAUCCGAAGGGGAGAUCUAGUUGAUCGUCUCACUCGCACAGACCGUGUGGCUGGACUCCGAUGCCUCACGGCAUUGUUCUGCCCGGGGUGGUGGGCAUGCGGGUUUUGCCUCUCAUCGCUUAAGGAAUGCUCCAAUCGCAAAUCUGGCGGAUUUAAACGUAAUUUUUGGAUUUCUUUUUUGGGAGCAAUUUCUUUGAAGUCGAUGAAAUGGAUAUUACGGUGUCAGAACUGAUGGCAAACUUCAUGGACACCCCGUUGGUGGUCUGGGUCAAGACCUUUGGACCACUAGGAUCCGGGACAGAUGAUAAACUAUCUAUGUUCAUGGACCUAGUAGAUGGAGUCUUCCUGCAUAAGAUCAUGACCCACAUAGACCCCAGUCCAACAAACCAGCGUGUGCACAAACAUGUCAACAACGACAUCAACCUCAGGAUACAGAAUCUCAAUGUGGUUAUCCGUCACAUCAAGCACUACUAUCAGGAGAGCCUCCAGCAGCUGAUCCUCAUGAACCUGCCCAACGUGCUCACCAUCGCCAAGGACCCACUCUCAGGCAAAAGUAUGGAAGAGGUGAAGAGAAUGCUGCUUUUGAUUCUGGGAUGUGCUGUACAGUGUGAGAGGAAGGAGGAGAUCAUUGAGAAGAUCAAGCUGCUGGACAUCGAGACACAAGCGACCAUCGUCUCACACAUUCAGGAGGUGACGCACAACCAAGAGAAUGUUCUCGACUUGCAGUGGCUUGAGGUGGCCGAGCUGCCAAUGGAGGAGCUGGACCCGCUCUCCCGCACCAUGGCCUUCCACCUGCGGAAGCUCAUCGACGAGCGAGACGAGAGCUCUGAGUUGGUGGUGGAGCUGACCCAGGAGCGGGACUACCUGCAGUCCCAGCAGCCCCACAAUGGCCACCUGGGCAGCCUCAGCCCCGAGAGGCAGCCGGUCGGCCCACUGACCAAAGAGGAGCGCCAGCACCUGGCCGUGGAGCUGGCCGACACCAAAGCCAAGCUGCGCCGCUACAGGCAGGAGCUGGAGGAGAAGACUGAACAACUUAUGGACACGAAGAAUGAGGUGGAAAGACUGGAUUUAGAACUGCAGAAACUCAAGCAAGAGAAUGUGCAGCUGCUGGCUGAAGCUCGUUCGGUGCGGGCGUACCGGGAUGAGGUGGACGCUUUGCGGGAGCGGGCUGGCCGUGUGGACCGCCUGGAGACGGAGCUGUCCCGCUGCAAAGAGAGGCUGCAUGAUGUCCACUUCUAUAAGACCCGUGUAGAGGAGUUGAGGGAGGACAACAUCACCUUGAUGGAGACCAAGUCCCUGCUGGAGGAGCAGCUGUCCACAGCUAGGGGGCGCUGUGACAAGCUGCAUGAGCUGGAGAAGGAGAACCUGCAGCUGCGCUCCAAAUUGCAUGACAUGGAGAUGGACCGGGACACGGAUAAGAAGCGUCUGGAGGAGUUGCUGGAGGAGAACAUGCUCCUGGAGAUCUCCCAGAAGCAGAGCAUGAACGAGUCCGUUCACCUGGGCUGGGAGCUGGAGCAGCUCUCCAAGAACAACGACGUCAAUGAGGCGCGCAAGUCCUUCGUGCUGGAGCUGAACGAGUCGGCGUCGAGCCGGCUGCUGAAGCUGGAGAAGGAGAACCAAAGCCUGCAAAGCACCAUCCAGGAGCUGCGGCAGGGAGCCUUGGCCCUGGAGGAGAGCCAGCUGCACAGCCAGGAGCUGGAGCGCGAGAACCAGGGCCUCAGCAAGAAGCUUGAGCGUCUGCAGACACUGCUGGACCAGGAGAAGCAGACCAACCAGGACAUGGAGAGUCUGGGUGAGGACCUGCUGAAGGACAAGCAGAAGCUGGAGAAGGCCAUGGAGAGCCUGCAGGCAGACAAAGACAAGCAGCUGUCUGAGCUGGAGCAGGAGAAGCAGCACCUGAGUGAGGCGGUGAGCUCGCUGCGGCGGCGGGCACAGGUGGACAGCGAGGCGCGUGUGCGCGAGGUGGAGACGGAGAACCGGGCGCUCCACCAGAGCAUCUCGGAGACGGGCGGGCGGCUGGCGCGCCUGGAGGCCGAGCAGCGGCAGGCCACCAAGGAGCUGGAGACACUGCGGGAGCGCGCCGAGCGUUGCGACGAGCUGGAGAGGGACAUGAGCCGCGUGGAGAGGGCCAGGGAGCAGCUGCAGAGAGAGGUGGCCUCUCUGAAGAUCACUUGCGACCGCGCCGAGACCCUGGAGCGCGAGAACGCCACGCUUGAGCAGGACAACCGGCGGCUGAAGAAGCUAGCCGACACGGCCCAGAACGCGGCCCUGCGGCUGGGGACGCUAGAGCAGGAGCAGCGGCAGCUGGACCAGGAGAACCUGGAGCUCCGCAGGCAGCUGGAGGCACUCAAGCCAGCCUCGGUGCGCCUCGCCCAGCUCCAGCAGGAGUACAAGGAGCUGGAGAGAGAGCGCGAGGACACCCGGAGGACGCUCGAGGAGCUGCGCACGCAGGCCAAGAGGUCUGAGCGGCUGGAGUUGAGCUGCAACAGCCUGACCCAGGAGACCCAGCGGCUGCAGCAGACCCUGGACAACACGUCCACCAAGCUGCAGAGCGUGGAGCGCGAGCUCCAGCAGGCCGAGGAGACGUCGGCGCAGCUGCGGCACGAGCUGGAGCAGGAGGCCCGUCCGGCGGGCCGGCGCGCCCAGGCCCUGGAGAAGGAGAAGCGGGGCCUGGAGCAGGAGCUGGCCCAGGCCGAGAAGGAGCGCAAGCAGGCCGAGAGGGAGGCGCGCUGGCUCCGGCAGCAGCUGGAGGCCAAGGAGGCGGCGCUGGACGAGAGCGGUCAGCGGAUGGCCGUGUUGGAGCGGGAGGGCAGCGCCAUGGGCAAGGAGCUGGUCCGGCUCAAGGAGACGGCCAGCAGAGCCAAGGAGCUGGAGAGGGACAGUAAGGAGCUGCAGAAGCAGGCCACCAUCGACAAGAGGACCCUGGCCACGCUCCGAGAGGAUCUGGUGAAUGAGAAGCUGAAGGUCCAGCAGCAGUGUAAUGAGCUGGACACCCUGAGCCACGAGCUGGAGAAGAUCGGCCUCAACCGCGAGAGACUGCUGCAGGAGGAGCACAGCUGUGAAGACAAUAAGUACAAGAUCCUGGAGUCCAAGAUUGAGUCGACGCUGAAGAAGACUCUGGAGCUCCGUGAGGAGAAGAUCCAAGGCCUGGAGUCUCGUCUGGAGGAGUCUGGCAACCUCAACCUGCAGCUGCGCACAGAGCUUAGCACGGUGAAAAAGACCUUGGAGGCCUUGAGGCAGAGGCAGGAGGAGGAGGCAGCCCACACCCAGAGUUCCCAGAAUGCAACGGGCCAGGGCGCAGUCCGGGCAGGAAAGGAGAAAUGGGAGACAGAGCAUAGGGAGGCCACGGCUGAGCUCCUCAAACUGAAAGACCGGCUGAUCGAUGUGGAGAAGAAUAAUGCCGCUCUGCAGACUGAGAAGCAGCUUCUGAAGGAGCAGCAGCGCACGCUGGAAUCCCAGAAUUCCCAGCUGAACGCACAGACGCUGGCACUACAGAGACAAGCUGCCGCUCUACAGGAACACAAUACUGCACUACACACACAAACCGCCAAACUACAGGUGGAGAACUCCACGCUCAGUUCCCAGAGUGCCUCUCUGAUGGCCCAGAAUGCCACGCUGCAGGGCCAGGUGCAGACUCUGGAGGGUGACGCGGAGGGCCUGCAGCGAGAGCGCGAGGAGGCACGUGCCGCCCAGGAGGGGGCACUGCGCGAGCACGAGCGUCUGCUCGGGGUGCACGAGCGGCAGGCGGCCGAGUACGAGGCGCUCAUCGGCCAGCACACCGCGCUCAAGGCCAGCCAGCGCGCCCUGGAGCAGGAGCAUCGCAACCUGGAGAGCAAGUACAAGGUGCUGCUGAAGCAGAAGGAUGGCAUGGAGGCUCUGGAGGUCAGUCUGCUGAGAGGGAGGGAGAGUCUGGAGAAGGAGAUCCAGAAGAACACUCUCAUCCUGGCGGAGAACCACAACCUAAGAGAGGAGAUGGACCAACUGUCUCAGAGCCACAUGCAGCUGCGUCAGGAGUACGACGGGCUGCAGGUGCAGACGAAGGAGCUGAAGACGACUCUGAACUCGGCCCAGCUGGAGCUGAACCGCUGGCAGGCACGUUUUGACCAGCUCAAGGAGCAGCACCAGGGCCUGGACAUCUCCAUGACCAAGCUGGACAACCACUGUGAGCUGCUGACACGUCUGAAGGGGAACCUUGAGGAGGAGAACCACCACCUGCUCAGUCAGAUCCAGAUGCUGAGUCAGCAGAACCAGACACUGCUGGAGCGCACCAUGGAGAGCAAGGAGCUCUACCACGAGGAGCAGAAGCAGUACAUUGAUAAGUUGAACUCCUUGCGGCGUCAGAAAGAGAAGCUGGAGGAGAAGAUCAUGGACCAGUACAAGUUUUAUGACCCCACACCCAAAAAACGUAACCACUGGGCUGGUGCGAAGGCUCUGGCCAAACUCAUCAAGCCUAAGAAGGAGAGCCCCCGCGAGCGUGACCGAGCCCGCUGUCCCCCCGACAUCCCCUUGCCCGACCCCCCUCCCCUGCUGCCUGACUGCCCAGACGGCCCGCCGCCCCUGCCGCCCCCUCCGCUGCCCCCACGCAUGUCGCGCCUCAGCCUGGACUCAGCCGGCAGCCGCUCCCCGGAGGAGAACCAUCUGCAGUCCCCUGUUCUCACGCCGUCACACGCCAGCAAAGCAUACGCCGAUGGCGUGGCGGUUCGGGGCAGGGACAUCUACCGGACACCAGGGGGCAGCAACGAGAGCGUGAAUGGCCAUGAAGAGCUGCCACUCAGGCGCCGGCAGGGAGGGGAGAUGGGCGGAGGUCCUGCCUGCUCCACCCCCCUCAACCACACCGCUGACCCUAGGUCAAGUAGAAGAACAAGAGGCUUGAACUCUGAUGACGACUUGCGCCUACUGUCCCCUGAUGCCGGCUAUGGUGGUGGUCUCCAUGGUAACACAGACUACCGUCCCAGCUCUGCUGAACUCAGCCUCAACAACUCUGGCAGCAACUCUCCCAUCACUCCCAGAGGCUCUCAGGAGCGCUUGCAGCCUCGCUCUGCCAGUCUGUCCAGCGAUGAUGCCGUGGGCUUGGGCCACGAGAUGGUCAGCAGCCUGUCCAGGAGCUCUACGCUGCCGUACGACCCACCGAGUCACCGCUCCGGCUUGCGACCCACCCGCACGCGGCCCUCGUCCCCCGGCAGCGAGAUGGUCACGCUGGAGGAGUUUCUGCAUGAGAGCAACACUUUGUCGCCCCCUACGGUGCAGACAGGAAGUCGCGAGGACCUGAUGAACGACUACUUCACCCGGGCCACUCGGCCGGCGGCACUGAAAGACGGCACCAAGACGCCCACCAGCUACGUUACCCCCACCGUCAAGACCCCCAACUCCUCCUCGUCCACUGCCCUACACAAGCCAGGCCACAGCGUCAAGCCCAGUGUCCGUCAACCCGCUCCUGAUAGCUGCCACUCCCAGACGCUGCCCAACCGCGGUUCAGGGGCCUUGACAGGGGUCCGUCACUCACCCCGCAGUGGCGUAGCCGGGAACGGUGGCACCGGCAGCAGCCUGAGCCGGACCUUCAGCCUGGCGUCGGCUGACCUGCUCCGCUCCAACGGCCCCGAUAGUUACCGCGGCGACCAUUCAUUGUCGUCGACGCCCAACCAGUCUGAAGUGGUGCUGAGAAGGGGAGGUGGAGGAGGAGUGGCGCGAGAGCGCCCCCAGUCGGCCCGCCUGGCCGGCUCGUCGCCUCAGCUUGGGGAUAGCGGCCAUCUGGACCCGCGGCGGCUCUCGGUGGCGCCCCCCAGAGACGAGCUGAGCCUGCCCCCGCCGCAACACCACUCGUCCUCGCUCUCCCUGCAGCCAGAGCGCUAUGGGACGGGUGCAGGCGUGAGACCCAGUGGAGGAGCCGGAGGAGGAGGAGGAGGAAGCCUCGGUACCCCCAGGACCCCUGGCGGGCAGUCCGGCCGCCCUACACCCCAGCGUCACCACAACAACACAAACCACCACCACCGGGGUGAGGUUGCCAUGGUGACACCGGUGCGGGCUGUUUCUGCCCUGCGAUUGGAGGAGGAGGAGUUGGGGGAGGAGCGCCGCGAUCGAGGGGAGGUGCGACAGGCGGAGUCACCCUUGCUAAAGAAGGGAGAGAUGGGAGGACCGUCAGCAGGAGUGAACGGUGGCCCAGAGGACAGGCCCAAGAGUACGCCUGCCUCUCCUGACCCCAACAAUGACCCUCAAACAGUGUGGUAUGAGUAUGGCUGUGUCUAAACAACCAUUUUGUGGCCCAAAUAAUUCUACUCUGUACAUAACCAGACUAAACAUAACACCGACCAAACAAUAAAUCAGAAACAUGAAUGUCUAUAUCUCCUUUGAGUACCCCUCAAUGACAGACGCAUGCACAAAAAUAGGUAUAAAUUGUUGAACAAAAAGUCCUUAUCUUCAUAAUACUACCACAGACCUCCAACACAUCACCGGCCAAAAGCCAUGUAGAUUAACAGGUGGGUGCGGCGACCUGAAACAGAAUCACAGUCUGGCUCUCUGGUAUGCACAGAGGGUUGGAGAGAGACUGCCGGGAUCCACAAAGGCACUAGAAAACAAGGAAUGUGUUUUUUUUUUCUUCCCCUUCCCUGAAUGUUGGUCACCAUUGAUUUCCGCUGCUCUCUGUGGACGGCGCACUUGCCCAAUCCAAGUUCUAUUCUUGCGCGUAGAAAACAAACAGCGAGGGUAAGGAGAGAAGGACCACUCCCAUGCCCUAAAUGACUGUAAUUAUAGCCUCCAUCUUUAGAGGCAAGGACAGUGCUAGUCCAUCACUGGAACAGAUUACUGGAAAUGGUUCCCCCCUUCAGAAUGCUCUCUCUGUAUCUCUCUUUCUCUCUGUUUCUGGCUCCCUUUUUUGUUUUGUUAUGCGCUUGUGGUGACCCCCUAACAGUCACCACACACACGCGAGAAGAUGGAUGGACUUAGAGAUCGAAGCACACUUAUGUACACACUCGGAAUGAGAGGGAUUUGAGAGGCUGUUGUGGAGCAGCACGUUGAUUUGGGGAGAAAGAGAGAUGGAAGAAGACAGAUAAUCCGCAGUGGAAGUGAAGGUUUUAAGACAAAGAUUGUUUUGGGUAACGAGGGGGACGUUGCUGAAGGAGUGUGGAUGGUUGACCAAUUCAAAUUAAGAAUGAUCAGUUAUGUGCACCCAUGUAAAUGUUUUUCCCCAUAAUGCACAGCUGGUUUCUCCGGGGGAUACAACUGAAGAGGUGUUCUGCACACUGGACUUGCAUCUAAUUACAGAAGAAAUGUGUAGAAUGGAAAUGGCAAUAAUAGCCUGAUGUUAAGACUCUUGAGUGUUGAUCUUCGUAGUGUUGAAAUUAGAGGGUGUUUUUUCUGUGUGUUGUUAACACUGCAAUACAUGUCUGAUAUAGCAAUAAGACUAGAUUUUAUUUAUUACUGUCUCACUUUCCCAAAAACGAAUUGAAGUGUGUGUGCGUGUUUGUGUUUCUUGUGUGUGAGAGUGUUGUUUUCUUCAAACCCAUCGUGUAGCUGAUCAUGUAUAAUGAUCAUGUAGCUGAUCAUGUAUAAUGCACUCAAUUGUGUAUUUUAGCAGGUUAUUUUUGGAGAGCACACCUUUAUAACAUGAGAAAGUGAUGUGGAUUGUAUACCCACCACAACGUCCAUUAAGACUAAGGUGAGAUCAGGGACCAGUGUUGGAUUCAAACACCCACAGCUCAGACACACAUCCCUUGCUACCUGAGUAACUAGCCCCAUAUGUGUCUGUGUUCAAUCUAUACCAGCUCUAUGAAAUGCUACAUUAUUGAUCCCAUUACUUAAUUGCAAGAAUGGAGUUGUUGACACAUCACACAAUAUCCCUCCACUAACAGGGAUACUGGGCAGCAUACUUAAAACCUACAGUAGUGAGUGAGGGAACAGUAAGUGCAUGAGAAGCAUACAGUAUAAAAAAUGUUAAGAUUGCAUUAAUGCCUCCUUCAUCAGUAGUGUGUGUGUGUGUGUGUGUGAGAGAGAGAGUGAGAGUGAAUGCAAUGGUGCUGGUCACUUUUCCCACCUGUGCAGAGCUACUGUAAGAUCAGGAGCUGCAUACAUGAUUUGCUGAUUUGCGUUUUUAAACACUACUGCAGACAGUCUCAUCCCAUCUCUUAAGGGAGAAUUGCGUGUGCCUGUGUCCAUCUCCCUCAAACAAUUUCUGAAUGAAAACGUCUUUUAAAAUACAGGAAGUGAUUUGUUUUCUGUCAGUUGUAUGUAGAAAAGAAGAAAGCUGAUGUCCAAAAAGUUCAACACUUUGUAAUAAAGAUUUUUUUCAUUGA